AAUGUCAUUAUCGUGCAAGUUAUCGUCUCUGGUGGCUCUCUAAAUCGACAUCGAUGUCGAGAUUGCAAAGAUCUGCUUCGAUUGCAGUACGAAGGAUCCGACUUGGGUAUAUAGGUGUUUUACCUGGAGGAAAGGUAAUUCCGACGAAUAGACAGACAAGAAGAGCACUGAGUAAUAUAAACAAGAACAUCAUCGGAGCUCCUGUUUAUCCUUCUGCUGUCAACAAGAGACCAUUCACCAAGAAGAAUGGGAUAUGUAACAAGAAGAUUCCACUCCAUUGCAUCGUCCGGUUACUAGGUCGGAAAUUUGCUGCUCAGUUAGCUGAGAACAAUCCCCAAAUCUACAAGGAGGAAACCAAGAAACCAGAGUUGAUUUCGAACGAAACAUUAGAUAGAAUCAUAACAGAUGUGGAAGAAGGAGACUUUAAUGAACCAAUGUUUGUUCAACACACUGAAGCCAUGCUUGAAGAGAUUGACCGAAUGGAAGGAAUUGAAAUGGAAGAUUCAAAUGAUAUUGAUGUUGAAGUAGAAGAGUCUGUGAUGGAUAUAGACAGCUGUGACAAGAACAAUCCUCUAGCUGUAGUUGAAUACAUUGAUGACAUAUAUUGCUUCUACAAGAAAAAUAUUGGUUACAUAUGGGAUUUUCAUGUUCUUGCAAGCAUUGGAUCAGAUUCUAAAGGUAAUAAUGGAAUGUUUGAGACUAAGGUUGAGAAGCAGCUUACUUGUGACUGUGAGGAAAGUGAAGCUGAAAUGCAGAGUGUCAAGAUACUAAGAUGAGAUUGAUGAGAAGUCUAAGAAAGGUAAGAGAUGUUUCUGUAUUCAGCAUUUUAUAUAAGACUAUGAUGUUUGUUAUGUAUUGUCUAAUCAAAAACCAGUUUUCAA